AUGAUCGAAGACAUGGAUCCUAUGAAAAUUGAUAAUGGAAAUGCAGAGGAUUCAAAUUACAUUAUAUGUGCUGUCCCAGAACUAGCUAAAUCUCAAGAAAUAAACGUAGAGCUGCAAAAAAUAAUUGAUAGAGAAAAAGGAAUUGUUUUAUGAGGCCCUGUAGUUGCAUUAGUAGCUAUUUUUGGUUGGGUAGUGCUAGCUUCAUUUAUCAAAGGUGAUAAAAAUGUCAAGUCAAUAUUAGGAUUUUCCAUGUGUUCAGACAGUUAUUGAGGUUUUCUUAUUGCAGGGUAUUUUUUAUCAAUGCUAAUCAUUAAUAUUUUAACUGGAAUUUAUCUUGUAAAAAGAUACCAAAAAUUUGCCAGGCUCAACUACGAUUUUGAUGAAUUUGAUAUGAAAUGAGAUUACCAGAAAGUAAUAAAAUUUUCAAUAAAUGCAAUUAUUUCUGGCUUUCUUGCUGGAUUGCUCGGCAUUGGAUCAGGGUUGAUUGUUGGACCUGUGAUGCUUUCUUUUGGGAUCCGGCCUGAAGUAUCAGCAGCAAACUCGUCUAUUGUCAUAUUUUUAACGUCAAGCAUAUCAAUGAUACUCUAUAUUAUGGCAAAUUUAGUUGACAUUUAUUAUGCUUUAUGGUUUGGAGGAGUAGCUCUGUUAGGAGCUGCAGUUGGCAUUUUACUUAUAAAGAAAAUAGUUAUUAGAAAAAAGAGAGCAUCGAUACUUGUGCUGAUUCUUGCAGCUGUUCUUUUAAUAUCAUUAAUUCUGAUUCCUACCUAUGGAAUCAUGAAUAUUAUAGACCAAAAUGAUAAAGGAAAUUUUCAGCUUGGCUUCAAAGAUUAUUGCAAUUAA